AUGAAUGAUACAAAUAAUGAGGAACACGAUAGUAUAAAUCAAUGCUGUUGUAUCCAACCACUUUUUUAUUCCUCUAUUUAUUUUUCGAACCUUUUACAUUAUUUAUUUAUUAGAAAUGAAUUAACCGUAUUAAUGUUAGGAUUACAGGGAAGUGGUAAAACUACUAUAAUAAAUAUGCUAAGUAAUCAAGGUAGAAACAACAAACAUCCAAUUUAUGAUGUAAAUACUAUACCAAAUAACAAUAUUAAGCACCCAUUGAAAAGUGGUAAAAUACAGAUUGGUGAUGAAAAGCAUAUUUUCCAAUUUUUGGACUUUAGCGGGCAAAAGCGAUUGGAAUCUUCUUGGAAAACAUAUUUUAUCAAAAAUCACUCAAAUAAAAUAGAUGUAAUAAUAUAUGUUUUAGAUAUAAGCGAUUUUAUUAAAUGGGAUCAAACAAAGAAAAGUUUUCAAGAAAAUUUAAUAUUCUUGGAACAAGAACAACAAAGAAGUAGUAGGACAGUAGAUAAAAAGAUACCUAUUUUGAUAAUAGGUAAUAAAAUUGACAAUUUCAACGGAAGUGCUAGUUAUACAGACAAUGGUUGUACCAGUUCGACACAAAUGUUUUCUCAUAAAUCUAUUCUUUUAAGGAAAAAUUCAAAAAACAACAUGUACAUUAUCUCAGAUGAACCUGGUAUUGUAAGCAGUAGUGUUAGUGCAUUGAGUAUUAAUUCUACUGGAACCAAUAUAAUACAUGAUGAGAGAGAUUAUUACAAUAAAAUAGUGAACUAUGUGAUAAAUGAGGAUACAAUGUAUUAUUUAGAGAAUACAGGUAUAUUAUGUAAACAAUUAGGGUUGGAUAUUCAGAAUAGACGGUUAUAUUAUGAAGAUGGGAAUGCAAAAGUUAUAGAACUCAAGUCAGAUAUAGAUGUUAUAACGAUUAGUUGUAAAGAUUGUAUUAAAAUAAAUGAGGUUAUACUGUGGCUAAGUAAGUUACAAAUUUGA